AUGUCAAUGGGUCGACGCUACAUUCAUCCACGCGGCCCAACCAAGUCUUUACUCGUCCCAGAUGGAAAAUUCGACAUUCUUUUCUUUGGAGGGGAUGAGUUUUCGUGCCGGACAUUAGAAAAAAUCUACGAGGCGAGGGAUGUAUGGAGAACACUCUACGUCGUCACCCAACAUGACAUGCAACUACUGCAACGUGGAGCAAGAACGGUCCCAUCUCCUGUACGAGUCCUUGCAGAGAAGCUGGGGCUACAGGUAUUUCUAAUGCCAAAGGACAAUAACGACUUUAAAGUCAUGACGUUUCCCGCUCCAUUUCAUCGUGCCGAGCAUCACCCUCCUCAGCUCCUCGUUACUUCGUCGGUUGGACGCUACAUCCCAAUGAAAAUCCUCAAGCGGUUCCAUCAUUCACGCCGACUCAAUGUUCACCCUUCUCUCAUCCCUAAAUAUCGCGGUGCGGCACCAAUACAGUGGGCUAUAGCAGACGGUCUCGAAGAAACCGGUGUGAGCGUUAUCGAGGUCGAGCAGGUUGGACUGGGAUACGAUGUGGGUGAUAUCUGGGCGCAAAAGUCGGUCGCAAUCCCUCCAAACUCGACGCACAGCACGAUGUGGCCUAUACUCGCUGAGGAAGGCUCGGAGCUUUUAAUCUCGGUUCUCAGGAACAUGAUAGCUGGUACACAACCUGAUGCCAUAGAACAAGAUAAUGAGGCGGCUACCGAUGCGCCAGUAAUUGAUAGCGUCAUUGCAACCACAAACUGGUGGGAAUGGGAUGCCAAGCGUGUAGAGUGCACGUCUCGAGCUUUCCUCCAUCAGAAACCGAUCUUCACAUACGUCUUUGACAGCGAGACGACUCUUCAACUGUUUGACCUCUCGGUCUUGGAUUCCACUAUAGAACCCAGUAGAGAGAACAGGAUUGAAGAAAUUGGAAGGGCGCGACUCAAUAAGCAAACGGGGAAUCUUGAGGUCACUUGUGCCAAUGGUACACGGGUUGGUAUUGCUCGUGUCAAGCAGAAGAAUCGCAACCUUAUCCCCGCCAAGGAGUGGUGGAUUGGUGUCCCAGAGUGGAAACGCCCGCAAGGCUAUGUGCAAUUUCAUAUGGGCGCGAACCGCAAGCCUGGGAUUCCAGCGUUCGAUGACCUGCCUCGGUCACAAAAGUUGAUGGAUGGCUACUCAUUUGCCCCAAAGUAUCAGAGCUAG